AUGGCUCCGCCAUUAGACAACAUCGUCGUGAGGCAAAUUGCAUCUCUGUCAAUACUUUUCGUACUCGCGACUGGGAUUUUCGGCCUUCGAUUAUUCACUCGGAUUUUACAUACUAUGACCUACCGACUAUUGCUAGAUGACUAUUGCAUCAUUGUUGCAUGGAUACUGUUCGCUACCCAGCUAUUCCUCCGAGUCGCGGUGCUUAAUGCCACAUCUCUCGUUCCUAUCGUUCUUUCGGUUAAAAAGAAUGCCGACAUGAGCCAUGUAGCUGGAGUCAUGGCAAAUAUGGCAUGGUCGCUUGCUAAGACAUCUUUCAUCUUCACUCUUUUGCAGCUCGUCACCGGAAAAUUGCGAUGGCUAUUGUGGUUCAUCAUGGUGACCAUGAACGUUACCGUGGCGACAUGGGUACCCUUAUUCGAAAAUCCAUGUGGUCCUCGUUCUCAUUUGCCGUGCAUGACAGGUAGACAGGCACUCAACUUUGCUGUCUUUGCUUCCGCUUAUUCAGUCUUUUUGGACUUCCUCCUAUCUUUAUUGCCAUGGAAGAUCAUAUGGCCGCUGCACCUCAGCACAAAGGACAGAAUUGGUAUAUGUGUGGCCAUGAGCAUGGGAUUCGGUGCUGGAGCAACAGGAAUUGUCAAGAUAUUUCAUCUUUUCAGUUUCAAUCCGUUGGAUAAUAAAUCUAACUACUCUAUAGAUAAAUUAGGGGGUCUUUUUAUAUGGGAAAGUGCUGAGAUCGCAGCGACCAUCAUGGCCGCGUCAAUCCCCGUGCUUCGGAAGCUCUCUCUCAGCCGCAGGAGACACAAUAUCGCGCCUGACAUGCGGGAAAAUCAAGAAGAAGCGAUGAGGUCAAGCUUCAGACGACAGCUACGCAUGGUGGGUCUCGGUAGUCAAGUUACAGAAAACACCAACACGACUCAAGCUGCUCCAUCAACAAUCCUUGGGUCAACUCAAGAGGAAGCGAACGUGGUUUGA